GUAUCCUUAUUCACCUUUACUUGCUGCACAUCCUUCCUAUAUCUAUUCCUCUGACUGGCCAACCUGUCGAGACCCUUUUCUCUCUCUUUUGUAUCCAAUCUGGUGUACAUGUCUUAUUAAUAUUUUUUAAAAAAGAGCUCUUACUCGUGUUGUGGAAAAUCCAGUUGCCUCCGAUACUGUUGCCUGAUUUGUAAAUUGGCAACCUCCAGUACCCACGGGAUCAGACAGCUGGCAAUAAAUCCUCGGUGCUCCGUCAUGUACUGUAGUUGGUCUUGAUAAGCUUCCAUUUUCUGGUUAAUAUGUUGACUCUCAUGGCAACAAAAUCCGUCUUCUGUUGUUUGCAUAGGAAUGCAGCAUUUACAUGCACACCUGUUGAUUUAAUAGAUAAAAAUCUGUGCACAUUCCCAAACUUCUACUGCUAAAACACCCAUAUCAGUCCAGUAUACAGAACCAUGCACUCCACUUACAUUUCUAUUUUAAGCAUUUAGCGCAAAACAAAACCACAAAAUACCGGUUUACAGCUUUCAGUAUAAAGUGUUGCGGUUUUGCUCAUGACUGGUCUUGGUCCUGUCUGGUUAUGGCAUCAGUUUACACGUGAAAUUAUAUUUAUGGUGAGGCAAGAUAUCCCCAGCUAUUGCUCUCAAAUUAACGUGGCAACAUUUUAAACUGAUUUUGUUCAUUAAAAUCCUUAUUUGUGAAUAUAUACCAACUUAGACUGUGGACUACGUUAUCGUAGUCUGUUUUGGUGCGAUAAUAAAUGAGCCUUGUACAGGCAAAUUAGUGACACACAUCGAUAGUUUCUCAUAUCAACACAGGCAGAUCCAUUGCGCUGCACAAUGAAUAAGACCAAAAAUUUCUUUUAUACAUUCAGGAUAUCGAAGCCUUUACUAUAGAGCUCGUGCACCGACAUCAUAAAAAUCACGUGACUUUUGUUUACCUCGCCAUAUUGCCAGUCUAACAAAGCAUUCUUCAAGGCUAAGUCGGUUAGAGACGACAUAAAAAUGUCUUGUAGCACAAUGCCCAGAAUCUUGUCCAAUACUGUUGGACAUUUAGAAGGUGAAAAUAAACGAAGUUAUGUGGAAAAAUUAGAUAAACUUGGCAUAGAGGACCCAUAUUUAAUGCCGAAGUCGAUGUUUUCGCCAAUAAGAAAUUGUACUGUUAAUUCUCUUCCACCGCUUGUCUCUGAAACCUGGAUAUACACAUGUAUCUGGUGAGUAUUCAGGUCUUCAGGAUGUUCAACACUGAAGGUCGAAAGCGGAAGUUGCUGACUCCUGAACAGUUUGGUGACAAUCUUAAGGUUCUGUCAGGCAAGACCAAGGACAGAUCCGCAGUUACACUGUCAGAAUUUUGUUUGGCCAUGGAGCAACUUCCCUGACACUGUAGCUGAAUGUGAAUAGCCUGACAUGUGUCAGACAUACAAGGAUGCAUACUGAAUAUUUCUGCAAAAUAAGGAUUUUAAGGAUAUAGUCAUGUAUUUCAUAAAAUGAAAGUAGCCGCAAGAAGCAAAAUCACAGAGAGAAAUAACAUUUAGAUAUCUUCUCUAUGUACAAUAAAGGUUUAUUUAAACUCAUUCCUGGGUGUUUUUCCUCCAAAAAGGCAUUUAUAGCCUCCCCCUAUGAGUAAGUCGUUGAUUUACAUAGAAAAGUUUGAAAGUGUAUAAAAGUCUGGACGCAGACAUAUACUUCUUUGUUGGAUCUGUUCUCAAUCAGGAAGAAAUCCCACAUAGUCACGGGUUGACUGCUCGUGAACACUGAAGCAUUUGGCCCCACGUUAACUUUUGCUGGAAUCCAUCGAUCUUUUCAGUUAGUAUUGAAUACAAAUACUAAAAUUUAAAUAAAUGACCCUUGGUUUUACACAAACUCGCAUUCAUUAAUUAUGAUUGGGGGGAAAAAAAAUACAGGUUGUUAACUCGUGAACGCAGAAACGUUUUGCCACACGUUAACCUUUGCCGGCAUCCAUCCAAACAAGAACUUCACAAAUGCUUACCAGUCUUUUUCUAACACAGAAUAGUGUUCAUUGCUCGAAAUAUCGGAAAAUUCAUCGAUGUUGCUACAAUGUUUUCCAAUAGUCGCCAUUGUUGACACCGGCUAUGAUGUCCCCUUCCUACUCUGCUGUUUCCACUUCGUUUUUGUCUUUUUUUUCUGCGAAUCCAAUCCAAUGUGCGAUGAUUUUUUGCUAAUACAAAAUAAAAAUGUUUCCUUCAUAACUUUUUUCAGAUUUGAAUUCUGCAUUAAAAAAAACUAUAAUUUUAGCAAAAAGGUGUCUUAGGACCUUCCAUACACUUUAAGAAAUGUUUAAAAAUAAUCCCGUUCCUCAGUCAUGUAGGAGACAAUCACAAGAAGAUCCUGUAUCACUGCCAUCACCAUUUGUCAUACUGUAUAUGUGGAAUCUUUAGAAACUCCAGUAGCAAAGAAAGCGGCCAGAUGAAUCAAUCCCAAUCCCACAGCUGUGGCUGUGGCAGUAGAUGGGGCAAGCAGCGCUCAUGCAGGCAGAUGGAGAGAAAAUGACUUCAUGGCCGACCUCCAGACAGAAAACGAGAACUCAAACACAACCAUGCGGCAACUGUGGCAAAGAAAGACACAGCGGCAGGAAGCAAGACGUGGGAAUCGUUGCUCUGCCUUCAACCAUACUUGCACCAGUUGCAGUAUCCCACACCACUACGAAAGUGUAAACCAAGACAGGCUGCACACCAAUCAAAAUAACUCUGCAACGGCGGUCUUCGAGACCCUCUGCUCAAUUGAACAUCUGGCCAACACAAUCAUACGAGACCACCAUCCGCUGUGUAACACGUGGGAAAACUGUGCAUCCGCACCUCAACCGACUAUCAACGUCAAGAUUCAGGCCCUCCCAUCAGACGCCAAGGACUUGGGAAUUGAAUCCACUCUACGCAGCCACUGGAACUGCUACCAUGCUGGCAGUCCCUGACACAGGCUGCCAAAUCGUGUCUUGCUGGCACUUCCUUCCUGCGUCAGCUAGGUUUGAACACCACCCACCUCACCCCCACCUCAAUGAAGAUGAGGGCCGCAAACCAGGACCCAAUUUCAAUAGUGGGCACCGUAAUCCUACACAUCACCGGUUUUACACAAUCCGUGCAGCCAAAAAGAACACGCCAGAUUGUGUACAUUUCCAGAUCAAAAGACAAAUUCUUCCUAUCCAUUGGAGGGAUCCAGGCAUUGUACCCCACUCAUUUCCCUCCAUUGAGUCAGUCAUAACAGACUCUUUUGCCCCGCACAGCGGCACUGACAAAAGCCCUGAUGAAGACUGUUGUAAGUGUCCUCUCCGCCAAACCCCCACCCCAUCUCCCAACAUCCCUCCCGCUUCCAGCCACUGAAAAAAACAGAGGAAAAACUAGAGCAAUGGAUGUUAGACUACGAGAAAAUUAGCACAUUCAAUGUCUGUGAACAUUUAAAAGCUGCCCAUGAUGUCAGGACCCCCCAUGAAACUUAUUGUAGACACUGAUGCAACACUUGUAGCAUUCCACACACCAAUCCCAGUACCUGUCCACUGGCAAAAACAGGUGAAGGCUGGGAUGUUCAGCUCGGUGUCAUAGAGCCUGUCCCAAUCGGAGCACCAGUUUCAUGGUGCCAUUGAAUGGUUGUCUGAGCAAAGAAAUCUGGUAAACCUCAGCGGACUGUUGACUUCCAAGCUUUGAAUCGCACCCAAUCGCUGUUCCACCAAGCCUGCAUGGUCCCGCGGUAACACAAGGAAAAGAUCAUUUGAUCCCUGGAACGACUACUGUAGCAUCGCACUCGAUCCUGCGGACAGGCACCUGACAACCUUCUUCACACCCUGGGGCCAGUACAGGUAUCGGGUGGGCCCUCAGGGAUACAUAGCAUCUAGGGAUGCAUACACCAGGUGUUUUGAUGAAAUCGUUAGUGACAAUGACGACAAAACAAAGGGCAAUGACUACACAAUGAUGUGGUCGCCCUCCAUUGAGGACAGCUUCUUCCAAGCGGCAAAUUGGUUGGACACGUGGCUGAAAUGGUUCUGUAGGCGAUGAAGGAAUCCUCAAAACUCGCACCACCACUGACAUAUGAAGCUGGUUUGGACUUGUAAACCAAGUAGCAUAUGCUUUUCCAUCAGCAGAGAGAAUGCAACCCUUUCGGACCCUGCUAUAACCCAACACCUUUCAACUGGACUCAACAUAUGGAGAAGCGCUUGGAAGAAACCAAGACCAUCAUAAUCGAGGAAAUACCUAGAAAUAUGGAAAUAUUCGACAAAGGAAAGCCAACAUGCCUUGGAACAGCAGAACGGCAUCAGCUUCUGACUACUUACUUUGUGCGUGCACACGAAGCAAGCCAUUCUGCUGCCGCCUAGGCUGGUAAUUCACAUGUUCGGUGAUAGAAUCUUUGAUACAACCACCAACCCACGACUGAGGAACCUGAAAGAAAAAACACUGAAGGACAGAUUCCAUAUCACUCACAUUCCAGGGAUCCGUCAUGUCACUACCGAUCACCUUCGCCUGUCCGAUGAUGCAACUCCAGUCUCCACUGACAACAACCUCCCGACUAUGCCUCAUGGCUUUCUCAUGCCCAUCAGAGCCCAAGUAGAUACCCCUACACUGCAUCCUAGUGAAGAGGAUUCUCUAGAAGGGGUUAUAUCCAUCACCUGGAACGAUAAUCGUGUGGCCACCAACAGUGACGAUUGAAUGGUCAAAUUGAUUGACCUAAUUGAAAAUCGAUUCACUGGGGCAAAGGACAAACUGCCAACAGAACUCAGGCCCCUUUUACCAAGACAGAGACAAACUGGCCAGUUUUGAUGGUGUGGCUCUAUACAUUGACCGCAUUAUGAUCCCGUGGAAAGAGUGCACGGGGGAGCCAAAGGCAUCAUAUCCAGCCUCAGGCGCACAUUCACAACAUCAGUGAUGAGCUCUCAUCUGACAGUGGUCAGGAGUUAACAUCCACAGCCACAUUGGCAUAGUGAUCAGGGUGCCUUUUAAAUAAAUAACAAUAACGGCAUAGCAGACAUCUGUAAGACAGAGAAACCCUGUUUAAGGAACACGAUCCAGCCUGUCCCCACUGGUCACAAGGUUUGGAGUACAGAUAGAUAGAUAGAUAUUAUACUCACUUUUUCCCCAAAUUGUGGCGGGCAAACUGAUGUUACUGUAUGAGACUGAAUUAUAAUUUUUCUAGUUUUGUCAAUGUAACCCUGUCCAUUUGUGAGCCUUCAUGUGUGGAAGUUAACGCUAUUCUUGAAAGGGUGCUCCAAAAUUGCUUGAUCUAUUAUUGCAGGGGUCGGGAAGCUUUUAGGCUGAGAGAGCCAUACAUGUCAAAUAUUUUAAAAUGUAAUUCCAAAAAUAUUUUUAAUGGAAAAAGUGUAUUUGCGAAUUUGAUGUAAGACCAACACUUUUAGAGUACAUUAACUCUCUGAAUUCAUACAUCAUUAGAUUAAACUUCAUGCAGGCAUUGAGACUACAUUCUUUAUUCGUGAACAAAGUAGGUUUCUUUCGGCUUUUCCCGUCAGGGGUCGCCACAGCGUGACAUCUCAUAUUUGUUUGACACAGUUUUUACGCUGGAUGCCCUUCCUGACGCAACCCCUCUUGGGGAGCAGAGGCCCCAGUGAGAACAUAGGUUCAUCUUAAUGUUUUCUUAAGUGUGAGAAAGACUUCUCACAUGCAUUGGUAGAAUCUAACAUUGUCAGUACAGCAAUACUCACACGCCGUAGCGCGUGGUAUGUUACCAGAAGUGCGUUCCAAGUUUUUAAAAUCAGCUGGUCGACUGGUUUAAUUUUUGUCAUUUCUCCCCACUUAUGUUGGCUCACCAACAGUGCUUGCUGACAAAGGCAUCUUUUAUUCAUUUACCUUUUCUUUAUAUGAAAAGUUGUCAAAAGGUUCAUUGGCAACAUCAAGCAUGACCGUUUUCGCAAACUCCCAAUCUUUAAAUGGCUUUCCGUUUCUCACAAUUGCCAAAGCACCAGCAAAGCUAUUUGGAUUUUAGUCACCUUGUUGUGUACAAACACAUAGUUGCUGCUGAGUAGCUUUGACUCUGGACAGUAGCUUUUGACAUGCUUUCUUCCUGCUGUCCCCCGCAGGACAUUUUGACGUACACGCAGUGUGGCGUGUGUUGAAGUGGCAAUUUUAUAUUUUGAUCAUUUCAUUGUUGCAAUUUUUUCAUAGCAUUAGACACAAAGGAGUCUUCUUUCUCUACAAAGUUGAAUUCCUCUGUCUAUGGUGCCUGAAAACUGCGUUGGUACUCAUCUCUGUCUUUUCCCCAUAUUUGUCAAAAGCAUUUCCACAAUUAAUUUCUACCUGAUCUGCAUUUGACCCUUCUGCGCCUGCCCACAUCGAGUUCCGUAGUAGACAGCAGACUACGGCAACCCCACUAGCACAAAGUGUCUCUCGCUCAAUUGCAUUGCCUACGUGACGGAAAUGUACAGUAUGUCAUUAUAAGAGCUCUGCGAACCAUAUGCAACCAUCAAAAGGAACAGAUAUGGCUCCGGAGCCAUAGUUUCUGGACGCCUGUUCUCAGUGUGAUGUUUUUUUUUUUUUUUUUUUUUUCCCUUCUCCUGAGAGAAGCACAGAGGCUUGCUUGUGUUGAUGGCGGAGUAGAGGCGCAUAGAGGCUUUGAGUUCACUCACCUGCAGCAUUGCCACGAUGAUCGUAAACAUGAUCCUUGAAGGACCCGCAGGCGUCCUCUUCCAAAAAAGGCCUGUUUCAUCCAUGUUAAAAACUUACGUACGCUAUCCCUCACUAAUGAGGUUAGGAAACUCUUUCUCCACGUAACAACGAGCAGCACCAUACAGAGGCACGUUUCUGAAGCCGUAUCUUUUUUUUUUUUUUUUUUUAUUUUCCGGCAAGCCUUUGCUGGCCAAAAAGCCUUGUCCUCAAGGGGACGAAUCACCAUGCAGGGUCCAACAAGGAGAAAAGUGUCCUGUCCGGAGCACCUGAGGACAUCAAAGUAGGUACCACAAUGCCCUUACCAUUUCCUGCACAAAGUGGUUGAUUCCUCUUGCUGGAUCCCAAAAAGGAUAAAAGUGCACCCAAAUAGGAGCCCAUUCCUGAAAGGACAAAAGUAUCUGUGGAGUUACCACUUCUUGGGUGCCAUGGAGGAAACUUUCAGUGAGACACAACACUGAAGUGGUAUUGUAAUUAAAUAAUGAAAAGUUAUUGCUUAAAAAAAAUGAGACAACAGGCAAAAACAAGGAAAUCGGUGGGACAAGGGAAGUUGCUGGGUAAGACUUUGAUGAUGCGGAACUAAUCAACUCACAGGAUGAAAGCCACUCGUGCUCUCAUUGGUCGAUGUCGCACUAGGAACCAAUCACGUGCCUUUCUACCAACAUGUCUUUCUGCAAUUUUAGUCUUUUUAAAGCCCCAUAUUUGAGAACAUUCUGGAAAGGUUCUUUGGUGUUUAACAUUUUAUCCAUUCGUUUUCUUUGGCGCUUAUGCUAACAAGGGUUGCUGGAGUGCUGUAGCCUAUCACAGCUAUCAUCGGGCAGGAGGCGGGGUACACCCUGAACUGGUUGCCAGCCAAUCGCAGGGCACAAAGAAACAAUUACAGGGAGUCCUCAGUUUACAACUGAGAUCCGUUCCUACAAUAGCGACUUAAUUCAAAUUUCAACUGAAAUCGGAUUCGACCAUUAAAAUCAGCAUUUAGAUAACAAUACUUUGUAUAAAAAAAACAAAUACAUUGAAAUAGGAUGAUGUGCUUGGUAUUACUGCUGAGAGGUGGAUAGAGAGGAGGAAGGAGAGGCUGUGCUUAACUAUUGCAAAGGAACCCGGUCCUCAAUCCUCUCCACCUCGACAAGUAUCAAAGAACCUUGUUUUGUGAUCAUUGUAUCCGACAUAGGAACGGAAGCCUUCACAUGCGCUAAAAUACAGGCUUUGUCUUUAAUAAUUGUCACUACAGUCGACCGGCUGAAACUUUGGUGGUUUUGGUAUCUCUCCUUUCUCCAAACCUUUUAUGAUCUUGAGCUUCGUUUCCAUGGUAAUAGACUUUCCUUUGGAUGCGGAAGCAUUGCUUAAAGUCACAGCUUUCUUCUUUGGGGCGAUAAUGUCUACAAAGGAGGGUGGAAAAUGCGAAGAUACUCCCGGCGCACGAACAUUAGCCAGACAAAAUGGUGGAUGGGGGACGGGCGUUAUAAAGUGGAGACCGUCUUAACCAGAGGACUCCCUGUAAAUUGGAUGUAACAUCAAUUUUUGAGCGCAAGUUAUCUUAUCUGGAAAAAAAAAAUAUGUUCAGCUGUACAAUAAAAUGCAUAUCUUGUUUGUUUUUACCAAAAACUGUAAGUAUUUAUGAAUUAAAGUCAGCAAUCUUUGACUUAGUUUCCCGUACCUGACAAACGCCCCCUUUUGUGAUGGCUUACUUCUGAUGUCACAACUAGGCGACCUGUUGUAUAACACUUUUUCACUUGCACACUGCUUGUUGACGAGAAAGGAAAAAGCCAUACGUUUGGAGAAUUCCUCAGUAGUUUUAAGCUAAAAUCAAUCUGUAACAAUGGUGAAGAAGUAUGUGGUUAGGUUUUGUUCCAAUUCAAAUUAUUCUAGUAACAGUGUACAUUAUUUUCCCAAAGACCCAAACCUCAGAAGAUGGGUUCAGCCAAAGGAAGCGAGCUAAUUUUUCCAAACCCAGUCAGGAGUCUGUCAUAUGUAGUGAACAUUUCACCCCGGACUCUUUGACUGGACUCAUGUCUGAGAUAGGUUUUAAAUGUAAAAAAAUGUUAUAACCUUGAUCAGUACCUACCAUACAGCCAUUUCCGACACCUGAACAGAUCAGUGUUGCUAAAGGACUGAACGCGAACUUGGAUCAGCCGCUGAACCUGGAUAUGGUUCGGCAAGCUCAGAAGCCCCCCCACCUCACAGAAAGUACCAAAACUGCAAAGAGCUUUUGUUAAAAGACAAGUUGUGGAGAUGUUGCAGGAAUCAUCCUGUGCACAAGAGCUUGACAUCGAACUAGCACAUGGUGAAUCUCCAUCUUUGGUAAAGUUGCCAGACUGAUGAAGUGCCUGUUCAUGAGGAAGGAACACACAUCUUUCCGACAGCAGACAGGAUACUGCAACGUAUUACAUAUUACAACCUAAGGUGGCCUCAAGAUGCUCAGAUUGAAAGACCAAAUAAACAUUCAGUGAAAGUUUUACGAGGGAAACAUUUAUACAUGAUGCAGCGAAUCAAAGGGAUGUUCUACCAUGCCUACAACGCUUAUCUGGACAACGCCUUCCCCUAUGAUGAGCUCCGCCCUCUCACCUGUGACGGUCAGGACACUUGGGGCAGUUUCUCUCUGACGCUCAUCGACGCUCUUGAUACUUUGCUGGUCCUGGGAAACCAAACAGAGUUUCAGCGUGUUGCAUCUCUUCUCCAAGACACAGUUGACUUCAACAUCGACAUCAAUGCCUCAGUCUUUGAGACCAACAUCAGAGUGGUCGGGGGUCUACUGUCUGCCCACCUGCUCUCAGGCCGGGCUGGCGUGCAGUUGGAGCCCGGGUGGCCAUGUUCAGGACCACUCUUGAGGAUGGCUGAGGAUGUCGCCAGGAAACUUCUGCCUGCUUUCGAGACUCCCACCGGGAUGCCGUACGGCACAGUCAAUCUGCUUCGGGGUGUCAGUCCCACUGAGACAUCAGUCACCUGCACUGCAGGCGUGGGAACCUUCAUUCUCGAAUUCUCAACACUGAGUCGACUUACCGGUGACACAACGUUUGAAGACACUGCACGUCGGGCACUCAAGGCUCUGUGGAAGACAAGGUCGGACAUUGGACUGGUGGGCAACCACAUUGAUGUGGUCUCCAAAAAGUGGGUGGCGCAGGAUGCGGGCAUUGGUGCGGGCGUGGACUCUUACUUUGAAUAUCUGGUCAAGGGUGCCAUCUUGCUGCAAGAUGAGGAGCUGCUGGACAUGUUUGACGCCUACGACCAGGCCCUUGAAAACUACACGCGGUUUGAUGACUGGUACUUGUGGGUACAGAUGCACAAAGGUACCGUGUCCAUGCCCAUCUUCCAGUCUCUUGAGGCCUUCUGGCCUGGCCUGCAGACUCUGCUUGGUAACCUAGAUGGUGCAGUCAGAACCUUCCAGAAUUAUUACUCAGUGUGGAGGCAAUUUGGAGGGCUGCCUGAGUUCUACAGCAUCUCUCAGGGCUACCCUGUGGAUAAGAGGGAGGGAUACCCACUCAGACCUGAGUUGAUAGAAAGCGCCAUGUACCUGUUCAGGGCGACGGACGAUCAUACAUACCUGCAGCUUGGCCUGGAUGCUGUUGAGUUCUUUGAGCGGAUCGCCAAGACGCCAUGCGGCUAUGCCAGUGUGAAAGACCUGCGAGACCACCAGCUUGAAAACAGAAUGGAGUCUUUCUUCCUUGCUGAGACCAUCAAGUAUCUGUACUUACUCUUUGACCCAACCCACUUCUUACACAACAGUGGGACAGAAACAUGGGUUGAAGGCGGGGAGGACGGCCACUGCAUUCUGAGCUCAGGGGGCUACAUUUUCAACACAGAGGCCCACCCGCUGGAUCCUGCGGCGCUCUACUGUUGCAGCAACCACGGCCGCGAGCAGCAGGACCUCAGUGAUAUUCUGCUUGGUCUUUCACAGUCCACUAAACAAAAUGGUAUCCUAUGGGAAGGUUCUCCGUUUAAUGACAAAUCAGCGAGCAUUGCUCUGAAAGUAGAUAAGGGGAAGAUAGAACCCCCACUGUCAUGUCACAUUCAACCUUUCAGGAAUCGACUCUCUGUCCUGGGACAAGUUUUUAAUGAUCAACACCUAACCUAAUGUGAUCUGUAACUUAAUCAAUGAUUCUUUCUUUACUAUAUGAGUACAAUCGAUUUUUAUUUAUCAUGACCUUGUGCAGUAUCUUUUCUCUAUUUCUGUGUUUGCAGUCUAUUCGCACCUGCAUCCUUAUCGCAUGGCCUCAUCAUGUGUUUUCUCAUGCCCUCUGCAAAUCCCGUACAUCACCUGAACCUUUACCUCAGGUCUCCUAUAAUUUCAUGUAGGAAUAAUUGUGAUCAUAAUUAUCAUACAUUUGCUUCCAAUAAAGAAAUGCUUUGCUCUGCUCUCGAUACCGUGGCAGCCUCCUAGCAGGAGAUAGCAAGAACAAAAACAUCUAAUCAUCAGAACUGCUGCGUGUUAAAGAAAUGACCACACAUGUAUUCAGCAAUCUCACGCACAUGAACAAACGUACGCCUUGUUUCAAACUGUUUUGCUUGUCAUCUCCUUUUUGUAACAUCCAUGUAAAUAAGGCGUGUCUCAAAACUAAAUAAAUAGAGGUGCUGAGGAGAGUAUAAUCAGAGAGUGCAGUGGGGAAUUGUACGAGACAGUUCCUUUCCUCUCUCCUUGCGAGA